UCAGAUGUCCCGGUAGCCGCGCGGCUCUGGUGCUCCGCACCCUCCAUCUGCGGCAGCGGGAGGCUGGCGGCCCUGGCCCCUGCCAGGCCCCCUCCCCCAGCCCCAUGCCCCAGCCUUAACCCCGCUGCCCUCCCCCGCGGGGGGCGUUUCCCUGUGCCCCCUGCCCGACGCGUCCUAGUCGGGCGCCAUGAACGAUCAGUACCACCGGGCCGCCCGGGAUGGCUACCUAGAGCUCCUCAAGGAGGCCACCCGGAAGGAGCUGAAUGCCCCCGACGAGGAUGGCAUGACCCCCACGCUCUGGGCUGCCUACCAUGGCAACCUGGAGUCUCUGCGUCUCAUCGUGAGCCGCGGGGGUGACCCGGACAAAUGCGACAUCUGGGGCAACACACCCCUGCAUCUGGCAGCUGCCAAUGGCCACCUGCACUGCCUGUCCUUCCUGGUGUCCUUUGGGGCCAACAUCUGGUGCCUGGACAACGACUACCACACACCGCUGGACAUGGCAGCUAUGAAGGGCCACAUGGAGUGCGUGCGCUACUUGGACUCCAUUGCGGCCAAGCAGAGCAGCCUCAACCCCAAACUGGUGGGCAAGCUGAAGGACAAGGCGUUCCGCGAGGCGGAGCGGCGCAUCCGGGAGUGCGCCAAGAUGCAGCGCAAGCACCACGAGCGCAUGGAGCGGCGCUACCGGCGGGAACUGGCAGAACGCUCGGACACGCUCAGCUUCUCCAGCCUCACGUCCAGCACCCUGAGCCGCCGGCUGCAGCACCUGGCUCUGGGCAGCCAGCUGCCCUACUCGCAGGCAACGCUGCAUGGCACGGCCAGGGGCAAGACCAAGAUCCAGAAGAAGCUGGAGCGGCGUAAGCAGGGCGGUGAGGGAACCUUUAAGGUCUCGGAGGACGGGCGCAAGAGCGUGCGCUCGCUCUCUGGCCUGCAGCUGGGCAGCGACGUGAUGUUCGUGCGCCCGGGCACCUACGCCAACCCCAAGGAGUGGGGCCGUGCCCCGCUCCGGGACAUGUUCCUCUCGGAUGAGGACAGCGUCUCCCGUGCCACGCUGGCAGCCGAGCCUGCCCACUCGGAGGUCAGCACCGACUCAGGCCACGACUCCCUGUUUACCCGCCCCGGCCUGGGCACCAUGGUGUUCCGCAGAAACUACUUAAGCAGUGGUCUGCACGGGCUGGGCCGUGAGGAUGGGGGCCUGGACGGGACGGGCACACCACGGGGUCGGCUGCAGAGCUCCCCCAGCCUGGACGACGACAGCCUGGGCAGUGCCAACAGCCUGCAGGACCGCAGCUGUGGGGAGGAGCUGCCCUGGGAUGAGAUGGACUUGGGCCUGGACGAGGACCUGGAGCCCGAGACUAGCCCGCUCGAGACCUUUUUGGCCUCACUGCACAUGGAGGACUUUGCCUCCCUCCUAAGGCAGGAGAAGAUCGACCUGGAGGCGCUGAUGCUGUGCUCAGACCUUGAUCUCCGAAGCAUCAGCGUCCCCCUGGGGCCUCGCAAGAAGAUCCUGGGGGCCGUGCGGAGGCGAAGGCAAGCUCUGGAGCGGCCACCUGCCCUAGAAGACACAGAGCUAUGACCCAGGGUUCCUUCCCUGAGACCAAAAUGAAUUACAAGUUGCCACAACCUGCGAUGGGCCUGCAGGGUCCCCACAGUUGCCAGCCCUGCUGCCCUUUUCCCCAGGAAUAAGGACCUCAGCCUGCCCACAUCCAGAUGGGCACCAGAACAUCCCAGAACACCAGUUCUGAGGGCUCCGGCAGCCCUGGGUCACCAUGCAUGGAUUUGUGUGCAGGCCCCUGGUUGGGGCUGGUUCCCACCAGGGAAUAGAUGAAUCGGAGCGGGGUGGGAAGGAGGGCUGAUGGGACACAGCCUGUCUCAGGUGCACCGUCUCCCCAUUCCUCCUCCCUGGCCCUCCUUGGAGGAGCCUAUCCUCUCAGGCUAGAGGCUUGCUUGCUUCCUCCUUUUUCCUGAAGGGAAGAGUUUGGGCUGCCUCCCCUCCCACAAGCCCCAGAGGGGGAGGUUUCCAGCUAGACUCUUCAGCCAAAUGCCCUGCCUUUCUGUCUCUACCCCACCCCACACACAAGAAGGCCACCGGCCAUGGCCGGAGCUGGAGGACCUGACUGGGUCAGCUGAGCCUGUCCUCCUCCAGUCCCCCCUUCUCUGCUGUGCAGCCUGGCCCCUCCAGGACCCCAAGGGCCAGGGCACUGGACACACGGUGCUAGAGCUGCAGGCCACAGCAUUAUGGUCUCCAGGCCUGGUGGGCAUAACUCUUUGGAGAAUGGCAUCUUCCAACUGCCUCAGAAUCUCCAGACUCUGAUAGGCAUGUGGGCACAGCCAGGGUUUGGGUGCAGGCAGACCCCAUGAGAGACGUGCUGUGUGUCCCAGCUCUGUGUGGCAAUGAGACUUGGCAAAGGCCAGCCCAGAGGACACACUUCUCAGAGUGUGUCCUCAGGGUUUUCCCACAAGACCAAGGUCAUGGAGAUGGGACAGUCCUUCAAGACCUGCUGUAUACCCACACCCACACAGGUAUGAGCAGUGCCCCCCAGUCUCUGACCUCAGCUUGGGAAGUAGCCCUUGCUGGGAGAUGGCCACUGCCUUCAGCUCCUUCCUGGGUCCCCUUGGCUAGGGUUGGGAAAGAAUCCCCAAAGACCUCAUUGGUUGUCCAAGUGGGGUGCCCAUCUGGGUAUGUGUUCAGAGCUGGGGUGUGAAGGGGGGCUGUCCCUCUCCCACUGUAGGACACUGAGAGUUCAUUGCCUGCUACUCUUCCCUUCUCCCUGCCUUUGGGCCUCUGGGCCACCCCAAGUGCCGACUUAUCUUUCUCCAAGCCCCGGAUGC